GGAACAGAUGUAUGGAAAAACAUAUGGGAUUUACUUCUUCAAUUCUCCGAGCAUUUUGACUUCAGACGUCGAUUUUCUGAGAGAAGUGUUUGUCAAACAGUUCAGUAAAUUUUACCAAAGAGCAAUCCCUGAAUUCAUAGAUACAGAGAACGAAGAAGUGGGGAUGCUUUUGGCUAAAGGAAAACGAUGGAAGCGAUUGCGAUUAGUAAGCAACCCGUCGUUCUCCACCCUAAAAAUGAAACAAGUAAGAAUGAGAAUGAUUGUGGAAAGUAAACCGUUUGUUAAGAGAAUAAACGUUGUAAGAUAAAAUGUUUCUCUCACCAGAGAGCACACAAGCCAGUUGUGU